CUGUCAGAACAUUCACCAAGUACUUUAAUUUAACUUGCUAUUUAAUAAGCCGUUUCACUGUCAUCUAUAUAUCUACAGGUCUGCUAUCAAACAUAGUGUAUCAUGAUGAAGUUUUGUUGUUCGAUUGUAGUCAUCAUUUUCACAGUUGAUGUGUCUCUUGGCGGCAUUCUAUCUGGACAAUGCAAAUCUACAAACGGAACUUGCGGACAAAGGGGUUAUUCGUGUGAUGCGACGUUUGGGGACGGAUGGAAACAGUAUGGUGUAUGCUGCAACGAAAGACCAUGUUGCAAAUUAGUGCCAUGUGUUUCGGAAACUUGUCCAGUCAGGUUCAGGUUAUUGCCAAGCCAAAUAACUAGUACUAAUUGUUAUUACUAUGGUACAGGAAAAUUUUGGGUUGAUGCUAGGUCGAGUUGUGCCGGUACACCAGGUGCUUAUCUGUGGAGACCGAACACUGAGCAAGAAGCCGCUGCAGUAACAAAUGAAUUCAACAUUAGAAAUGUGUGGAGCGGUGCAAAUGAUUUCGACGAAGAUGGAUUAUACACAUUUGACACAGAAAAUAGUUCAUUUGCAUUCAAUGCUCUCCCAUUUGGAAUAGGCGCUCAGGAUAGUUCCUAUAAAUGUGUGGUGAUAGAUUUAGAAGACGGUAUAUGGAAUUGGUCUACAUACAAUUGUGCUAGUGUUUUAGCACGCUACAUAUGCGAGUAUCCCAGAAGAGUUUGUCCAUAGAGACUUUGACACUGCCAACGAUGUUCUUCAUUUGAAAAAAAAUGUCGAUGCAUGGAAAAAUAAAAUUAUUAAAAGCGGAU